AUGGCUGCAACUGUAAUCUACAAAACGGCCAAUUCAGACGGGCAUACAGGAACGCUUUUCCAAGGGCGAAGCUUUUGGCUGUCACUCAAUGUUCCACAACGAGAUAGGUUUAAGGAGCUUAUUAAGGCGAACGGUGGCGUAGUCGUGCUUCAAGAAAAAGAUGCAGACAUCAAGUUAGUCGAUCAUAACAAACGUGAAAUUCCGCUAAAUACGUAUUCAUAUAAAUUUGUCGAAAAAUCCAUUCAAAAUGGUCAACUUGAGGAUCUAGAAGCUCACCGAGCUGGCAAGACUACCCGCCCGGUUGGAGCCUAUGAUAUUCCUUCAAGGGGUCAUAGGAUUGCCUACAACCUCCAAGACGAUCAAAUACUUUGGGAUUGGAUGCAACCAUAUGAGGAUCGUGGUGAGCAGAUUGCAGGUAACGUAAUUUAUCAACGACUGGCUGAAAUGUACCCACGGCAUACCUUUCAAUCUUGGCGAGACCGCUACCUCAAAAAAAUCCGCGGAAAACCUCGACCAGGUGGUCCUCGCCAGGUAGACCAGCAGGAAGGGACUAUCUCCCAGGCAGCUUGUACCGAAGCCACUACUGUUCAAUCUGACCCCAUCCCACAUAUACCGGAGACUUCUGUACGAAGAUCGGCAUCAUCGCGAGUAUCAAAGACAGUGUCGGAUCCAAACAUUCCAGAAGAAACCCAGGAUUACGUGACCGCAGAAGUUCGUCGACCACAAGCGAGAAGCAACAUGAAUGUAAUCAAGCGAAAAAGGCUAUCUGAUGAGGGUAUUCCAGCCGUUCCAAAAUUCGACAUGAAUGAUGCAGCAAAGCGUAGACGGCGCGCAACAGAUUUCAUACCGAGAGCCGAUCCCUCUACACUGCACCAGUCUCAUGAUUCCGAUGCUAGAACAGACGAGCAUCAGCAGAAUCCUUCAAGCAAAGAGACCGACCAGGUAAGGUUUGAGAGGGAGCCGCAGUUUUCUUCCAGAUCAACUCGGCUGAAUAGCCAAUCUCAACCUAUAAGUGCGUCUCAAAAGGCAGAAUAUGAAAAUCUCGAGGCGUUAGCGGGGCUUCCUAAAAUCGGAGCCUAUAAGGAAGACGCUGAAGAUAAGGAGAAUGAGGAUAACGAUAAGGAUGAUGAUGCGGAAGCGGUCAAUGACUGGAUUGAGGAGCGGAUGCGUGCUGGUCAGAAAGGCGAAGAUAUUGUCCUUGCUCUCGACUACACUUCAAUGAAUGCAGAACUAGCAGACCGUGUACUUGCUUCUCUCAGCAGAGGAGACGGAAUCCCGAAAAACGUACGGGGGGUAUGGACGGAGGAAGAAGAUGAAAUACUGCAAGGUACGGAGACGCGAAAGAUCGACGCGCUAGAGAAAAAACAUGGAUCAGAAUACUUUUGGGAAAGGUACGAUUAUCUAGAGAACCGCCGAAAGGCUUACCAGGAGGUGAUGAAAGAAGGCUGA